AUGCAUUAUAUCAGAUUCCUUCGAGCGCCUAAAUUCGUUCAGGAGCGUCACGGCGCCUUUGUCCAAUUACUCUUCACCAUAACGACUGAUCUCGGAGACUCAUUCUUGUACCCUGAGAGGUUCUUGGACCUUCAAGUCGUUGCUAUCGCUGCCUCACCUGAAGGCGGCUCAACAUGGCUUCUCUCAGAUCCUGGACACCUUCACUGGCAACCUGGUAUGCGCGUCGCCAAGCCAACAUUAGAACUCCCCAUCGCUCUUGAACGAGCUGUUGAGUCUGGAAUGAGAGUUCACGUUUGUGUCAGAGCAUCAGAGCCUCAACACACAGCUGAGAGUGUCCCCCGCAUCCUAGCCUUGUCAGCUGAGAAAAUGCGGUAUCGUCGGGAAGCUGCGGAAAAAGGUGCUGUCAUGCCAGCUUGGGUACCAGUGACCGCUCAGCCUUCAGAGACGGAUGUAUCCAUUCGAAGACUUGUUCUGAGUGAGUCGCCCGAUGGUCUGGGGACUAUGGAGAUUGAAGAGGAGAUCGGUGAGAGCAUAGCACGCCACAUAUGGGAUGGAGGCGUGAUGGCGACAUGUGCACUUGCUGGAAUCGAGGCUGCUCCUAAUAGCGAGUCCAGCCAAAACCCCUGCAUGAGGACCAUGAAAAACAUCUUUAGCCAACAAGACACAAUCCGUGUGUUGGAAUUGGGUUGUGGUGUGGGCAUUUUGGGUCUCGGGCUCGGCGCUGUGUACCCUCAACUAGGAUCUCUCGAAGGUGACUGCACCAUUCUGAUGACAGAUCUACCAGAAGCCGAGCAGCGAGCCAGAGCCAACAUGAGGAGGUUGGAGAAAUCUCACCUGCGAUUCCAGGAGAAUCCAGUACAUAUGCUUUACGAAAACCUGGACUGGGAGGAGGGCAAGCAGGGUCGCUUUGGACCAGCGGUUCGAUCUGGACCUUGGGAUCUCGUGAUGCUCAGCGACUGCACCUACAAUGUCGACAUGCUUCCGCCUCUGGUGGAAACCCUAUCAGCCAUCCACAUGGCAAACUUAACCUACUUCCCCAAAGGGGAACCGUUUACUACAAAAGUCUUUUUGGCCACCAAGCCACGCCACGACUCAGAGGAGGUUCUGUACGAGCUAAUGGAUAAGCAAGGCUGGUAUAGCGUUCACAAGCAAAUUAUCCGAAAGCCUGUCCUUGGCGAGGCGCCUCAAAUUGUCGAACUUCAUCUGUUUGACAAGUCUGGGCUCAGCGAGGGCCAGAGCGCAACAAGAACAGAAGUCAAGAGAGAAGAGAAGAAGGAAUUUGACGACGAAGGCGAUGCGUCAGACACCGAGUCGAGCGUGUCGUCGGACGAGGAGUCGGAGUACUAG